GGCACCCCAUUGGAGGAAAUAGUUAAACGUCAUCGGUUAAGGAAGACGUCCAGACUGAUGGCAGCCACACAGAAACUCUCCGGUUGUCGGCUACCUCCUCUCCCUACCAUAGGGGAGAUCAUCAAACUCUAUAAUCUGAAAGCACAGAAGCAGCUUUCUCAGAACUUUCUCCUAGACACGAGACUCACCGAUAAGAUUGUCCGGCAGGCGGGAAACCUCAACAAUGCACAUGUGUGUGAGGUGGGACCUGGACCUGGGGGUCUCACCAGGUCUAUUCUGAAAGCUGGAGCUGCAGAUUUAUUAGUGGUGGAGAAAGACAUGCGCUUUAUUCCAGGAUUACAGCUCUUGUCAGAGGCUGCUCCUGGAAGAAUAAGGAUAGCCCAGGGAGAUAUUCUCGCAUACAAACUGGAAAGAAGGUUCCCAGCCAACAUAACCAAGACAUGGGAAGAUGAUCCCCCCAAUCUGCAUAUUAUUGGCAAUCUGCCCUUUAAUGUGUCGACGCCACUCAUUAUAAAGUGGUUGGAGCAGAUGUCUAACAGGACUGGGAUCUUUAUGUUUGGACGUACAAGGCUGACUCUGACCUUUCAGAAAGAGGUGGCCGAAAGGUUAACUGCGAGCACAGGAAGCCGCCAACGCAGCCGUCUCUCAGUCAUGGCUCAAUAUCUCACCACUGUCAAAAGCUGUUUCACAAUCCCAGGACAAGCCUUUGUUCCAAAACCAAACGUCGAUGUGGGGGUGGUGCACUUCACUCCGCUGGCGCAGCCCCAGAUCCAGCAGCCCUUCAAGCUGGUCGAGAAGAUUGUCAAGAACGCUUUCCAGUUCCGGAGGAAACACUGCCGCAGAGGACUCGGGUACUUUGAGCAUUGAUGAAACACUGACGAGGCAGAGUUUGGAUGAAGAUGAGCUUGUUUCUUCAUGCUAAAUCAAUUUGAGAAUUGAAUUGUUGCUGCUUUAUUUUACAGUUUAGUCAUUAUUGACCCGUAGGACAAACCGAAUAUGCAGAAUUAAGGGACCACACAACAGUUAAACGACAUGGGUAGAUGUUUUCUAGGUUCUUAAAUGCAGCGUGAUCUCUUUGAAAUUAAAUAUGGAGAACUCUGAGGCAAGUAGUAAACAUACAAUCAGGCAAUCUUGCAACAGUGACACCAGAGUGAGGAAGAACAUCUGUAAUUCCAGCAGCUGAAUAAAUCAUGCGCCGCCGCUUUCCCUGCUUGACAAGCGCUAAACGAACAUCCGCACAGGCCGCGUAACGUCACAUCCACCGUGCUUUUCAAGUUCUCACCGUUAAGUUGUUGUGUCAGCCUGUGAUGUGUUUCCUUCAAUGCUGCAGGAUGCUGUUCCCAGAGUCUCAGCGCCAAGAACUGACGGAGGAGCUGUUGUGCAGUGCUGAUGUGGAUCCCACACUGCGGCCCACAGAGAUCUCUAUUUCUGAAUUCAGGGCUUUAGCAGACGCCUACAGCAAGCUUUGCAAUGAGAACCAAGGCCUUUUCGACUACGACUUCAGAGAGGAACUGAAAUUCAAGCAUCAGGUAAAGAGACAGUCGGACAGGAGCAACCAAACAGAACUUUCCGAUGGAAACCCCUAACACAGGCUGAGGUAAUGUCUCUCGGACAGAUGUCUGCAGGCAAAUGAAGAGUCAGAAGAAAGUUGUGUAUAAGGUUUGACGUUGAAACACUCAGUAAAAGCUUUUCAAAUGGUGA